GGGUGGCUGGCUUACGGACACCUAUCAUUCGAGGAGGCUGUUCAACCCAUCGCUGCUUUGAACCUAAUAAUAACAACUCAUGAAGAUGCUAUCGAUUGUCUGUUCCUCCCUGGGGCUGUGAGCAUGUGGACAUGGGAUCUGGUGCCCGCCACUUCGGAGGUGUAUCGCGAUUCUCCGGUGUUCCGUGCGACGUGGUUCCAUUACAGAGCCGCACUAAAAAGCAACAUGCAUAUCUUGCUAGUGGCUUGUGGCACGUACGAUGGUGCUGUUUUCGCGCUGGCUUAUAUACAUGAUGCUCUGGAGCCGAAUGGACCAAAAAUUCUCGAACCCGUUCUCCUUGAUGCAAGUGCCCAUGUUGGGCCUGUGACAGCAAUUUCUGUCGAGGAUCCGUUUAUUGUUUCGGGUAGUGCGGACGAAGCUAUUCAGUUAUUUUCGGUUCCUGGUCAGAUGCGGCUUGGAUCCCUGGAGCUCCACAGUGGGACGAUUCGGCACUUGGAAUUUUGUCCCAAAACGAGUGCUUCUGAGGUCGCUCAUCUACUCAGCGCAAGCGACGACGGGUGCAUUGCAAUUUGGCGCCAGAAGGACUUGGAGAGUGAAGAAAAGUUUAACCCUGCAUCUUGGGAGUGCAUUCGACUUUUGCGUCGGCAUAAAGGUCCAGUUCGAAGUUUGGCUAUUCAUCCUUCUCUGCGCUGCGCGUACUCGAUCAGUGAGGAUAAGACCUUUCGGAUCUGGAACCUGUUACGUGGGCGGCAAGCCUACGCAACUCGUCUUAAACUCCUUGCCCCUGGGGCCGAAGGCGUCGUUGCCUCACCCAGCGGUCGCCGUCUGCUAUUCUUAUGGCCGAAUCGAUUUCAACUGAUUGACCUGUUUGCGCCCACUUCUUCGGACAGUGAUGGUCCCCUUGGUUGCCUUGUUGCUGAUGUGUUGUUUCCGCAGCCCUCUACCGCAUCUCCAGUGUUUUUUAACGAGGAUGAUCACACAGAUGAUCAUGAUUCAAAGGAAAUGGAUCACUCGGAAAAAUUUGCGCACGUUCUUACAGGUUUUGGGCCUUACCUGACAGCGUUCCGGUGUCCUCUAUCAGUCGGAAGUGACAAGAAAUCAACUCAAAAGGCAGAGAAUUUCGGGGAGAUUAAACUCCCAGGAAAGCGAAUCAAAGCCAUCCAGGUAACUUCUUGGCCGAAAUCUCUUCACCGAGUGGAUGACGGAAUGUCGGACUUCAGAUCUCGUCUUGUCGUUGUCGUCACCACAGAGUCCAGUGGCAGUCACAUUCGCGGAUAUUUGAUAAAUUUAUCCGCUCCACUUGCUUCUGGGGUUGGUUUUCUACCAGUUUUCUUACACGACGUUUCCGCUGCUCGUGUUACCACCCUUUCUGCUCGAUGGACGGAGAGAGAGGAACAGAUCGCGAUAGACGACACUAAGACCUGAAAAAACGUGUCUUAUUUUCUUAAAACUGAGUUUGUAAAUACACAUAAGGGCG